AUGGUUCGUUGCUUGGGAUGUUCUACUGCUUUUCCUCGACUGGACACCCCGACAUGUGGGAAAUGUUCAAAGCUUACAGCUGCAAGUGCAGCUGAUCACGAACAGAUUAUGCAACCACAGUGUGAACACUGUGGCUGCGUGUAUCCUUUCUUGCGCUCGCCGUCAUGUGCUGGAUGCAGAGACACUGACAAUGCCUCAAUGGAACCGUCAGGCAGUGGUGGCACUACCGCCGUUAGCGUUGCUCAGACAAUUUUACAUCGACAGAACGUGUAUAGCCACAAGGCAAGUCAGCAUCGACUAAACCAGCAACGGCCACAAAACCCUUCAUCGUUGAAUGCAAGUGAUGUAAAGCGAAAGGUUUCAGCUCUCAAGGCCAACGCUCGAGCAGCAAAGAUUGAUAUUGACUUCACUAUUCAGCAAUAUCUCUAUGGAAGCUCGAAGCCUUCCAAACUGGCCAUUCCGUCAUCACGAGUAACUUUCCCUACCUCGGAACUAGCUACUAGUGCUUUUGAACAGCUGGCUUCGAAGGCGAGAGGCCUGUAUAAUAGUACACCGCCCCUUUUAGGACUCUCCGACGUGGCUCUGGAUCUUAUGUUUGAUUGGCACACAAUUAAAUUUUGCACGGUACUCAACAACACUACCGUAAAUAUGAUUGAGGAACAAAAGUAUCUGGUGUCAGCAACUAUGGAAAGUCUCUACGGAAACCUCAAACAGGAUCGCAUGUUGUCCGAGAAGGAUGGAAAUGCGAAAACCCCGAAGAUCACACUUCGCCUGUUCCUGUAUGUCCCCAAGGCUGAAGAGGACAAUGAUAUCCAGGAAGUCCAACAGAACCGACACACGUCAACUCGGAGAUCAACAGCACCAAGUUCUCGUCAGAAGCGGAAAAGGUCUCCAUCAGUGUCACCUGAACGUUCACGGCCUGCUAAGCGCUAUCAGAGCUCAUACCGACCAAGAUGUUCUGCUACUGCGCCCACCACUGGUGCACUGGCACCACUUGAGUUCGAAUGCUUCAAAAUGAAUGAGGAAGAAGAAGAGAUCAUGGUUGCUAAAGGAUGGCAAGCUCACAUCAAGGCGGGAAAACCAUAUCAGGGUUACCUUGGUCAAGGAUUGACAAAAUUUGUCUUUCACACUAUGCUGUCCUUCAAUGUAAACGCAUUCGCUCGAGAGACGUUGACAAUGAAAAGGAUCUGCUGGGUGAACUGGAAAUUCUUCACCUAUCUCAGUAUUUUUUGGACUCGUUCUACAAAUGAGGGGAAGAAGAGAAUGUCCGCAAUCUUCCCAUGGAACAUUACUGGGGCAUUCAUUGGGAAGCUUACUCAAAAACUCGCCAAUGCUCCGAACAAUGGAGAAGAGGAUUUGCGCAGCCUCGUUUUUAGUUGCUUUAUGGUGCUCCCACUUCUCCCGACUGGUGCAUUGUGCAAUGAAAUCAAGUUUUCUGGAAAUGCAGAAGUAGGAGUCAAUAAUGACUCGCUCGGAAGUGCCGUAGAUGCAUAUGCUCAUCAUGUUGCUGUUGAUUCGAUGUAUGAGAUGAUCAUAUCCGAUAUUCAAGGAAUUGUCACGCCGGAUCGAUCUAUUGUCUUUUUUGAUCCACAGUCUCAUACUGCAAACGGCGACUCAGGCUACUGGGAUCAUGGAAAACCGGCAAUCUCAGAAUUUUUGGAGUCGCACAAAUGCAACAAAUUUUGCAACGCCCUCAGCCUUGACACUGAGGUUCCUCCUCUAAGUCUGUCCAAUACCAUCCACAAAGGCAGAGCAGUAUAUAUCACAAUGACUAACAUAAACUACAUUAAUGGUAACAUUGCGGCAAACACCUGCCAGACGUUCUCAAAAGUUAAGACAGUGAAUCCAAGAUCAUUGAAGAUUGAUUGUGCAGCAACACUAUACUCAGAGCCAACGAAACGCAAUUCUCAGCGCCAUAGUCUUCAUGCAGUGACAUUGCAAUGUUCGGGGAGACACCAGACGGUAGUAUUUUAUCACGGUCGUACCGAACAGUAUGGGUAUUGA